AUGAGCAGUGGUGAUUCGAUAUCAACCUAUGAUUAUUUGGUGAUCGGUGGUGGUUCUGGUGGUAUAGCGAGCGCUCGUCGGGCAGCCGAAUUCAAAGUGAACAUGGGAUGUGUGCCAAAAAAAGUGAUGUACAAUUGCUCGCGACAUGCCGAACUAAUCAACGAUCAUGCUGAUUAUGGCUUCGAUCUGACGUUUAAUGGUUUUAAUUGGAAGAAAAUAAAAGAUAGCCGUGAAGCAUAUAUCAGACGCUUAAAUAGUAUUUACGAAUCGAAUCUAUCCAAUUCUGGAGUUGAUUUGAUCCGUGGCAAAGCAUCGUUCACGAAAGAUGGAAUUGUUGUUGUCGGGGAUAAAAGAUAUUUCGGCAAACACAUUUUGAUAGCGGUCGGAGGAUAUCCGAAUAAGCCAUCAUCAAUUCCGGGUGCAGAGUAUGGCACCGAUAGCGAUGGUUUCUUCCAUUUGGAUAGUUUACCGAAGCGUACAGUGGUAGUAGGUGCAGGUUAUAUAGCUGUUGAGUUGUCAUCCAUGCUAGCGCUGUUAGGUUCUGAUACUCAUUUGUUGGUAAAAUCAGUGGAAAGGAGACCGGAUGGUUUACUCACAGUAAACAUAACAAACGGUGUUAUUGAUGAAGUGGAAACCCUAAUAUGGGCAAUUGGCCGUUUGCCACAAACGCGGAGUUUAAACGUUAAUUAUGUGGGUGUAAAAACCGACAAAGAUGGCCGUAUUAUUGUGGAUAAAUAUCAAAAUACAUCGGCAAAAAAUAUAUAUGCACUUGGAGAUUGCUGCGGCAAAGCAUUACUUACGCCAGUUGCGAUUGCCGCUGGCCGACGCUUAGCUCAUCGAUUGUUCAAUAAUGAGCCAGAAAAUCAUUUGGACUAUGAAAAUAUCCCAAGUGUUGUUGGUUUACAUUUACUGGGCGAUGGCGCCGAUGAAAUACUGCAAGGCUUCGCAGUUGCCAUCAAAAUGGGAGCCACAAAGAAGCAAUUUGAUGACACAGUAGCAAUACAUCCAACAAGUGCUGAAGAGUUGGUUACAAUGCGUGGUGGCGUCAGACCAAAUAAAAAGGGUUAA